AUGUCCAGCUCCAAGACUUCUAUGGUGACCUUUGAAGGCCACCGAAACUUGAGACUACGUUUAGUUUUGGCUACAUUGGCAGGUAUUCCAAUCAAGAUCUCCAAGAUUAGAUCAAAUGAUAUGAAUCCUGGUUUAAAAGAUUACGAAAUUUCAUUUUUAAGAUUGUUGGAGGCAGUCACUAAUGACUCCCGUAUAGAAAUUUCGUACACUGGUACUAGCGUUAUAUUCAGGCCAGGGAUUAUCAUAGGGGGACAAUUGACCCAUAAUUGUCCUGUUUCCAAGCCAGUUGGAUAUUUUAUUGAACCAAUGCUAUACCUUGCACCAUUUUCCAAGAAGAAAUUCUCGAUAGUGUUCAAAGGACUCACGGCAUCCGACAAGACCAGAGAUGCUGGUGUUGAGUCGAUCAAAUGGGGGCUCUUACCAAUAAUGGAAAAGUUUGGAGUAAGAGAAGUUUCGUUGCAUAUAUUGAAACGUGGAUCACCACCUUUAGGUGGAGGUGAGGUUCAUUUGUUAUGUAAUUCGUUAAUUCCACAACCAAUAACUAUGCAUGCUCUCGAAAAUCCAAAAAUAUCCGCCAUCAGAGGUGUUGCAUAUUGUACUCGUGUUUCUCCAUCAAUGGUUAAUAGAAUAAUAGAUAGUGCUAGAAAUGUUUUGAGACCAACAGGAGUGGAAGUUAAUAUCACUGCUGACGUUUGGAGAGGAGAAAACUCAGGGAAAUCCCCAGGAUUUGGUGUCACCUUAGUAGCAGAGCUGAAAAAGGGUUGGAGAAUACUAGCAGAAGGUGUUGGUUCUCCCGGUAGUUUACCAGAAGAUUUGGGUGAACGUGUUGCAUAUGAGUUAUUAGAAGAAUUAUCGAAAAGUGUUGCAGUUGGAAGAAACCAACUUCAAUUAUGUUUAGCAUUUAUGACCAUUGGUAAAGAAGAUAUUGGAAGAUUGAAAGUUCAUAAAGAUCAAAUCGACGAUAAUUUUAUUCAUAUAUUACGUGACAUUAAACAAGUCUUUGGAACUGAAGCUUUCUUGAAAGAUGGUGCAAAUGAACCAAUCCCUGGUGAAGAGGAUUUUAUGACUGUUUCCCUUAAAGGAAUUGGUUUUACUAGUGCUUCUAAAAAAAUAGCAUAA